GUUUUUCUGCAGCAAUCUUAUGCAAAAGGGGGCCGAAGAAAACCACUGACAAAAACGUUCGAUACUCUAUUUUGAAAAAUAGAAAUCAACACUAGUGUUUAGUGAUUGAACGGAGUUAUGUUCGGACGCUGGUUUAACCGCCGACAGGACCUCUUCGAGAACGAUGCAGGCCAGCUGAAUGAUGCGGCGAAGGUACCUCGUUCGCCGGAAGCUGGACACCCAUUCGCACAGCCGCCAUCUCAACUACAUCCUGCCAUAGCUUUCCAAGGACGUGAAAUUUGAAGACACAGUCAAGAUUCUCAAUAAAUUUUUUGGACAUCAAACGUCAACGUUCCGGAAGCAGUUCAUGUGUCUGCAGUUAGUGAAAUGCACAUCUGAGGAUAUUAUCAGCUACGGCGGCAACGUCAAUCGAGCCUGUGAAGAUUCUCGGUCCUAGAACCUAAAACCGGAUCAUUCCAAGCGCCUCAUUGUCGUCAGCGGAUUUAAAGCCACAAAAUAUGCGUAUGUCCGGACAAGACUACCUUUCUUGUUAGAGAAUGUCCAAUUGAUGAGUAUCAGCGCCUUGUAAACUUCAAUGAAGACGACACGAUCAUCAACAAAGCAGCGGCUCGAAAUCUACAGUUCACGCCGCCAGGGACAGGGAGAGUGCACCGUAUCAGCGAAAUUCUUCGAAGCAAGAAGGUAAGAAACCAAAGACACCAUGUUGGCCAAAUGCAUUUCGUGAAGGACUGAUUUUUCAACAACCGCGUUGGGCACAAAAAAGGAUACCGUUCCUGUUCGAAGAAGACGAAUCAAAACAUGUAGAUAUCCUGAAGGCUCCUGCUUCUUAAGAUCCACCAACUGAACAUGAAGUUCAAGAACUUCCUCCGCCACCAUUAAAAGCUCCACCACAACUUAUGGCUGAAGAACAACAACCCCUCGAUACUGCUGAACAGCCACUAGACAAUUAAAAAAAGGUUCCUGAGCAGUUAGACGAUGAAGAGCCAGAAAGCCCUGAUCGACCUAGACGGCUCGUUUCGCUGCCUUCCAGAUUCACAGGGUAUCGGCUGUUUCAAGGAGGGAGAUGUUACAUUCAGGCAACCAGUGAAAAGUUGUCCUUGACAUCAGAGUGGAACAUUUGAUUAUUGAUUGUCCAACCGAAUGGAAAUAGAUGUUCUUUAGUAAAAAGUUUUAAGUUCAUUUAAACUUUUGGACAUAUCAGUGAUCAACACUAAUUUUCAUUUUUUUAUUAACACUUGACUUAAAUUAAUUGUAAUUUAAUUUACACCAAACGUACCGUAGAAAGAUAACAAUAACAAUGUCGUUAGUUAAAAAUCAUCUUCCUUUUAUCCUGUGCAAAUCGCGUCAGCGCUAAUUCAGUAUUUUUUUCACGAUUUUUGCUAACCAUUUGCCGAUGAACACUCAGGAAGCAGAGAGCACUCAACCGCUGUUCAACCAUUGUUGACUUCAGCCAGGUUUUUACCAGACGUAAUGAGCUGAACGAGUGCAAUUUCAAUUGCUUUCUCAGUCGCAGGGAAGAAAGAACGGGUUUCAGCUAGCAAACUUCCACCUCUCCAACAAAACUGUCAGCUUUUGUAAAAAAAAUACUAAACUUUUGGUUUUGCGCUUGAACUCUCCCAACGACAGGCAGGUGCAGUAUUUUCACCGAACCGUGUAUCCAGUGCUCGGUUCCAAUACUCUAAGCUAGUUGAUGGAGGCGGAUUUGCCCAGUACUUUUUGUCCUUGGUGGAUCAACUGAAAAACCUGUGCAAUUCCACAAUCAAUUAUUUUUCAUCUGGCUGAUACUUUACACAGAUGUUUCUAUGGGCUGAGGAUGUCGUUUUGUGCUAUUAGAGUUAUUGAAAAGAGAAUUCAGCUGUGAAUACCGUGAAGAGCGCUGGCUGCAAUCAGCGCGACUAGGGUAGAGGAACCGGGGGCUUCCAUAUUGCUUUUCACAGUGCGUCCCGGAAAUUUAGAAUAACGUCAGGAAGCAAAAUACAAUCGAAACACGCCUGAGUCGAAUACUUGCCUGAGAUAACAGGCUGGAAGAUCCCCUCUGUUUCUUUGAACUCAGUACCGGGACGGCUCUGUUGGCGAGAACUCCGAUCGACGUUGCCACUAAGUUUAAAAUAAAAUCUGGCAAACGGAUAAAAUUCCUGGCAGAAUUGAAAGUGAUGACCUUUUUUUUGCUCUCGCUGGGUGUAGGUGGGUUAAGGCCAGCUACGGCCCAUCUCGCAGUAAUGACCUUUUUGCGAGACGACGCGGGUGAAAUCUGGCAAACAUCUGGAUUAUUUGCAAAUAUCUGUUUGACUGGCGCGCAAACAGAAACCUGGCAAAAUACAUAUUUAUCUGGCAUACUGGCAACGUUGACUCCAAUGAAGAACGAAGAGAUUAUCGAUUCUUGAAGAUGGUAGAACCGAGACAGAGUCAGAGGGGACUUCUACUGAACCUUGUUGCGUGCAUCCCGGUAUAACCAAAUUAGUCGCUAACUGGACGUCGAAAAUGAUGGAUCGGUCCCUGUGGCGUCUACAAGUUAGAUAAGUGGAUUCAGUGGUCCCUUCCGGGUAAUCUUCUAAUGUCUCUUUCGGUUGUGCAAUUGUGGAGGAACGUUCCGGGAUUAGCUCAGACCAACCAUAGGCGUUACUGGAGACGAAACCUGGGAUAGCAAUAGCGAUGUCGUUGAUUUAUUGGUUUCCAGCGUACCCGCGUGAAAGAGGGUACCCUCUGGCCAGGUUUCUGGAUCUAGUACCUUGGCCUUUAGGGAUGGAUCAAUUCCAAUUUUAAAGGCACGAACGUAAGAGUGCUGAAAUUCCUGUCCUUCGAAACAAGUUUGACAACGACGGGGUCGUUGUCGAUUUUGAGAUAGGCUUCGCUAUAGAUGACAUUGAUUCCGAAGAGAGGAACUGAGGCAUAUUCUUCGAACUUUUUAGAAAUUUAAAGUUUUUCCGUAACGCAUGAAGGGGGGUGGAGGAGGAUUGAAUUUGCGUUACUUAAUGUUACAUAGGUUUGGUGGAGGGUUCUAAAAUCUAGAUUUUUAGCGUUAGGUAUUUUGUGUAUGACGCCCUUCGCCAAAUUUACUCUGCAAUGGCUUUCCGAUAAAAUCUUCUCCGUUAUACAUCAACCCACCAAACUGUCCCCAACUGUGGCCGAUCGAGCGCUACUGAGCAAUUGUAAAGGGUAUGCUCAAGACGUAACGUACAGUAUUGCGAGACAAGCAAGCGUUCAAAAAGAAUCAGCAGGAAGUACAAAAAAAUGCGGUGCAGAAUUUGACGAAAGACGUCAAGUUUAAGGUACGAGAAUUCUACAGAAAUCGACAAUCCGCUUGAUUUAUUCAACGCAUUGCUAUUGAAACGAGGCUAGCUAAAACAAAUGGUUUCAUUUUUUUUUCAGUCAAUUCGUGUUAAUUUUUGUAUUUAAGCGAAAGAAUGCCAGUUGUAGCAGCGAAUUUCAAUUUCUUCAAAAUAAGCACGAGAAGAUGAUUUUUAAGUUGCUAUCACGGCCAUUUUCAAAAAUUGCACUUACUUUGAGUUUCAUUAACUUAACAUUAACAUUUCAUUGACUUACAAGAUCCAAUAAAUUUAAUCAAUUUUCUGGGCAUCAAUGAUAGGCAAAUCACAUCGUAUUAAAUGAGAAACCUUUCAAUUAUGUUAUUGAAUUCCGUUCGUAAACUAUGGAUGAGACAAUAAAUUCCUCCAACAAAAGUUAAAAGAGCGUUUGAGACUAAACCUCAAACUAUUGGUAAAAUGCGACCGUACAAGGGUUUGAAUCGCCCUCUCCUUUCAAAGUUGAUUUCACUUAGUGGUACAAAAUGAUAAAAGACUCUUUUCCUUCUAUUACUGACAAAAAUAAACUUUCAAUUAACGUCAACUUAGUGUAGAGAUAACGGUUCAACAGCAAGGUAUAAUUUUUUUUAACUAUUGAUAAUUAUAAUUAUAAUCAGUCUUUUAUGUCUAUUUUGUUAUGUUCAAAUCGUAAAGGCUAGUCAAUUUAUUUGAACACUCGAACUAACAAACAAUGAAUCUCUCCAGUCGCUAGGAGACAAAUCAGUUCCACAGGUGCAAAUAAUGCGCAAACGCGUGUUUUUAACCGUUAUGUACUCGGCAGGGUACCCGGGUACCUUUUCAGACUUUAUUGCUUUAAAAAACAAGGAUAACCUCAACUCAGCCAGCUGAAACUUAUGGAAUGUUCCUAACUAGUGGAAAUAAACCAUUUCCCAUCACCAGAUGGGUAAGGUUUCGAAUUUUUUUUACCCCAUAAGUACUCGGCAGGGUACCCGGGUACCCACAAAAUGAAAUGUUUCUUGCUUUUUCAUUUCUUGACCGAUUUUUGAUCCUGGCCAGUCGAAAGAUUGGAAAAUCUGUCUACUUUUAGAAUCUCAGACCGACAUGAACCUGUGACCACAUCUGGCUCCUGUAAAUCCGGAUCUACGGGAGUAUGUUCCGGUGAGACAAAUUAGUACAAUUGUCUCUAAAACCGAACAAAAUUGGUAUCAAUAUUCAUUAAAUCACUCCAGGAGUUGAUUUUCAUUCAUUUUGAGUCCAUUUGAUAAGUUGUCCGAAAUGGCCAUUUCGGAGCGAACUCCCGACCUUGAAGAUGGUCUCGAAGAUCCGGAUUCACGGGAACCAUUUAAGAGCCAAUGGGUCUUUCGGCCCCAUAUACUGAAAAUAGACAAAUUUUUCAAUCUUUUGACGGGUCAAGAUCGAAAAUCGGUCAAGAAUUGAGGAAGUAAGAAGCAUUUCAUUUUGGUGGGUACCCGGGUACCCUGCCGUGUACUUACGUGUGUUAAAAUUGCCGAGUACAUAACGGUUAAACAAACUUCCGAUUGUAAAAUGCGCCGUGCUAGAUUUUCCAUGCACACGACUCGAGCGAGACAGCGUUGCGCACCGUCGUCGGUCGCCCGUCGCCGCGCGCCAAAGUGAUGUGUUGUGGACAGGAAAAAUUGUGUGUGAUAUGGGCGGCAAAGAAAAUAUUUCGCCCACCAGUUAUUCUUCGCUGCCAACCUUUCGACUGCAGGCAGUAGUCAGGUACCUACAUUCGAUUGCCACAUUCAGUCCAGUCGAAAGCGCGGUCGGAGAUGGCACAGUUUGGUGAAAAUUGUGAGAUUUCGAAAUCAGAAGAAUUGGGUAGAUUUUUAAUUGCAAAACGCGAUCUCACUCGUGGACAACUUGUGUUCGUAGAUCAACCGUUCGUUACUGGACCUUACUGGGAUUCGGAGAUCAGUUGCCUGAGUUGUUUCCGGAGUUCUUGUACAAUUUGCAGGCAAUGCAGAAGAGCACCACUCUGCUUCGAAUGCGUGGGCCACAACGAAAACGAGUGCAACUUCUACCGAAACUCAAACCUAGAUGUAAAUUUUUUGUUCAAUCAUUUUAAUGUUGUGACUGUGGUGCGAUGCUUGCUACUGUAUGAAAACAAUCGCACACAAUUCGAUGAAAUGAUACAAAUGGAAGCGCAUCUGGAGCAGCGUCGAGGAUCGGAAAUUUGGAAUAUCCAUGAGAAGUGUGUCGUGAAACCGUUGCUAGAAAGUUGUGCUUUUCGGAAAUAUACUGAACUCGGUCUGACCGGAGACUUGAUUCAACGAAUCUGCGGAAUCCUGGAUGUCAAUGCCUUCGAAAUCAGAGGAUAUGUGGAUAGUCAGGGCGUAAAUUACCCGGCUCGUGGUCUGUACCCGAAGACAGCGUUGAUGACGCACAAUUGCGUGACUAACACCCUAAUUUCGGUGGACGGACAACACAAUGUUAAAGUGUAUGCAACUGUUCCCAUUUCCAGUGGAGAAUUGUUGUACUACAACUACACGAGAUGUUUGUUUGGAACGUUCGAACGUCGUGCCCAUUUGCGUAGAGGAAAAUAUUUUCUAUGUUCCUGUGCACGUUGCAGUGAUCCAACCGAACUGGGGUCACAUCUAAGCUCGGUUCAAUGUACAGCAUGUGCGGAUGGCCUCUGCUCGUACUAUGCUAAUGAGCUGAAAUGGAUAUGCUGUAAAUGUGGCAAUCAAUUAGAUCGCGACUACGUGAAGCAAAUAUUUACAUCGGCAAGGAACGAUGCGAUGAGUUGUUCCUCUGAUAUCAAUGAGCUGGAAAACAUAAUCAACAAGCACUCGAAAACGCUGAAUCCCCAUAACUCUUUGGUACUGGAAAUGAAACAAACACUAGCCGGAGAACUGCGUAAUCUCUGCCUAUCGUCUGAUCCAGCUGACAUCGCCGCGCACACCCUCGAGCGCAAACUUGAGUUAUGUGGAGAAAUGUUACAGAUUCUACGAGAGCUGGAGCCGGGUAUUUCUCGGCUCACCGGAAUUGCUCUUUACGAGUACAAUGUGGCGCUGUGGCAUCUCUGCCGAAAGAAUUUCGAGUCCAAAUUGAUUUCAUGUGCUGAUUUAUUGCGCAAACUCGGAGAGGCAGAAAACGGUCUAAGGGAAUCAAUUGGUAUGCUGCUGUUUGAUCAUCCAACAACACCAGAGGGUCAGCUCAGCAAGCGGGCCAUGAGUGAACUGAAGGAAUUACGUGGGGAAUUAUCACAACUGAAGGCUUUGACCGAAGAUGCGAACACAGCAAAACCCAACCGUAGUAAGAAGAAAACUUCAAAACAUAAAUAACUCGAAAUAAUUGUUUGGAAUUAAGAAUAAAGUGUAUAUUAUAACAAAGAUUUCAAAAUACUUCGAAUCUUAAGAAGAAGUUUUCCACGAUUUUCGCAUUCCGGAGGUCUACAGUAAACACAGUGCUCUAGUAGCUGGCGGAUGUGGCUUUGCUCGGCUUGAUCAGCUACGUUGUGUAGAAAGCCAGCGCUGCUGUCCCCAUAAAAAUCCUCUAAAAAUAACUUCAAUUACACGAUUAGAGUACAUUUCGACUAUUAACAAUUUUUAAUUUACCUGACAAAUUGAAAAUAAAUUAAUAUCGCUGUUGUGAUAGGAGCAGAUCUCCUCCUGCACAUAGGCAAAGCAUCCAUCACAAUCAAUUAGAGUAUGCAUUAUUUCCGUAUUAUUUCUACCUAAUCUCUCACUUUGGUUAUCCAGUAUUAUCACGUUGUUCAGAUCGACGAAGGACACUUUAAUAGCACCAUCGGGUUGUAUUUUCACGACGAUAUUGUCCGGGUUUAGGUCAGUAAGGUACAGCCUGUCAAAUGGAAUUAUGUAGGUAUACUAAAGUAAUGUACAUUCUAUUGCGAAUUACCGGAAUCCAUCGAGCUCUACGUUAAAGGCCAUCAUGGCGUUAAUCAGUUCAAUGGCGACUAAAACUCUAGUUUCGAACAGUCCGUUGUAGAAACUGCUCAGGGCUUCACCAUCGAAGCUUUCAACUAGCGUGAAGCCUGCUUGGAAAAUAAAUUUCGGUACUGGGGCUCCGUGACUGUUUGCUAACUGGAAAAAUAUGUUCGAAAUAUUGUCAUUGUGUUGUGCUAAGUAGUGUUGAGAGAGAUCUGAUCUCUCAGAUUUCAGCUGAAUAUUCUGUGUUCGGUGAUGUCGGUAGUUAAAAAAACUUUUUAAACAUGUUCAAACUCUGAAAUCUAAGAGAUUGUUGUCAACUCUAUAUUUUACCUUUAAAGCAAGUGACUGUACAUUAGUUCGCAUCAGAAUCAUCUUAACAGCGUCUGUCAAAUCACUAAAUUUCCUCAGAAAUCUUUCCAACGCUCGAUCAUCACCUAACGGACAAAUGAUGGCUCCCUCGUAUAAAUCUCUGUCCAAAAUCUGUCG